AUGAAUCUGGGUCACUUUUGCUACCUUUCAGGUAUGUGUACCAUGACAGCAGAGACUCAGCACUCUCCCAUAGAAGCUUCAAGUCCGGUUGGGAGCUCACCACAUGUCUCCUUAGAUCCACCCGUUCUUUCUAGUGGCAAGGGGAUCGUAUUGAUCAAGUCAGAGCAUACAGGGGUCUGUAUCCCUACUGGUGAUGGGGAAAGAGAAACUCAGAACACUGGACAGCCUGAGACUCAUGUCCAUACAACUGGAGGCAGAAGGAGAAAGCGCCCUGUUCAGCGUGGGAAACCUCCUUACAGCUACAUCGCACUUAUUGCAAUGGCAAUUGCCAAUUCUCAGGAGAGGAAGCUUACUCUUGGGGGAAUUUACAAAUUCAUUAUGGAACGUUUUCCUUUCUAUAGGGAAAAUUCUAAGAAAUGGCAGAACUCCAUCCGACACAAUCUUACUCUCAACGAUUGCUUUGUGAAAAUCCCUAGAGAGCCAGGGCGCCCUGGGAAAGGGAACUACUGGACACUGGACCCAGCAGCUGAAGACAUGUUUGACAACGGGAGCUUCCUGAGGCGACGGAAACGCUUCAAGAGAACUGAUGUUACCACCUACCCAGGUUACAUGCAGAACUCCAGUGCUUUCACUCCAACACCUGCAGGGAGACCUUCCUAUCAUAACAACCUGUAUCCAGGCAUUACUUCAGGAUAUAGCCAUCAAUUCCACUCCACUACCAGCAGCACCAAUCAUUUAGCAGUGCUUCACCAUUACCAAGACUCUGGGAGUAUCAUUAAUCAGCAGAGGAUGUUCAGCAUCGAUAACCUCAUCAACCAGCAGCAGUCUAGCCUGCAGAUGUCUCCAGGAAGUGAACUUACCCAUCAGUCUUCUGGCUUAAACGGGGAUCUGGGGGCAAUGACCUCUAAUUUUUCUGUUGGUAUGUCAGAGCCAUCAUGUUUUCCGGCUCAUUCUGUAAGCCCAUCUGGAAUCUGUUCAGUGCUGAACAGAUCCACCAACACUCUUUCUUCCAGUCUAGCUUAUACUUUCUCAUCUUCCCCCCCACAUCUGGCCUUGUCUCAGCCUAGCUACUCUCCCAGCAGCCCCCAAAUAUACACUGCUCCUAACAGACUAUCCAUGCAAUCUGUGAGGUCUACUUCUUGUCCAGAACACACUGACCAGUUCUUAGGCCUAUCCGCCUCUCAGAUAAAUGGUAUUGGGCAGUUUAACUCCAGUAACAGCUUCAUGAGACAGCCGAAUUUUCCCUCUGGUCUGGAAAGAUAUUUAUAA